AUGGCAGGUCGCAAGCGCAGCAACAGCGUCAAGGAGGCGCUCAAGCAGCUCGAGCCGACUUCCCCGCCCGGCGCGACCACCAACAAGCCUGCGUGGACGCAGCCGACGGGCCCGCUCGCGUGGUUCGUCAAGCCAAAGAAGACCGGACAGCUCGUCGCUGUCGUUGUCGCCAUCUGGGCGGCCAUCGAGCGCUUCGCGCCAGCUCGCCAGAACCCCCUCACUCCCUUCCUCUUCAUCUCGUACCCCCUCGCACGAGAGCCUGGCGAUGAGGGACAGCGGUACGGCAAGGGGCCCUGGGACCUCGCCUUCCUGACGUUCUACAUCGUCGUCUUUUCGUUCCUCCGCCAGUCCGUCACCGAGUUCUUCAUCCGCCCUUUCGCCAUGCGUCUCGGGCUGAAGACGGAAGGCAAGAUCACGCGGUUCAUGGAGCAGGCGUACGCCGUCGUGUACUUUUCGGCUUCGGGAGCGUACGGCCUUUAUGUCAUGCAGAGGCAGGAGUCCUGGUGGUACCACACCGAGCACUUCUGGCUCGAAUACCCUCACUGGCGCAUGGACGGCGCUCUCAAGAGCUACUACCUUCUUCAAUUCUCCUACUGGCUCCAGCAAAUGAUCGUUCUCGUCCUCGGUCUCGAGAAGCCGCGCUCCGAUUUCAUGGAGCUUGUCAUUCACCACAUCGUCACUCUUUGGCUCGUCGGAUGGAGUUACAUGAUCAACCUGACGAUGAUCGGCACGGCUAUCUUUGUCUCGAUGGACUUGCCGGACAUCUGCCUUGCGGUGUCGAAGUGCCUCAACUACCUUGACCUCCAGCGCACGUCGGAAGUCAGCUUCGUCUUCUUCCUCGUCGUGUGGCACUACAUGCGUCACUAUCUCAACCUCCGCAUCCUCUGGUCCGUCUGGAACGAGUACGACCUCAUUCCCGAGCAAUGGCGCAGCUGGACUUCGCCGAAGGGGUGGUGGGUCUUCUACGGCUUCGGCAGCGGCGCGAUCCCCGCUUGGAUGAAGUAUCAGAUCUUUGCGCCCAUCCUCGCCCUCCAACUCGUCAACACCUUUUGGUCGUACCUCAUCUGGCGCAUCCUCUUCCGCAUGAUUAGCGGGCAGAAGGCGGCGGACGUGCGCGAGGAAGGCGAGGACGAGGAGGAGGAACAGCAGGUCCAGGCGGUCAAGCCCGAGUCGAAGAAGAAGCGGUAG